GCCUUCAGUGAAGAGCAGCCAUGACUUCUUCAGAUGCUGAGAUGGCCGCCUUUGGAGAGGCAGCUCCCUACCUCCGAAAGUCAGAGAAGGAAAGAAUCGAGGCCCAGAACAAGCCUUUUGAUGCCAAGUCAUCUGUCUUUGUGGCCCAUCCAAAGGAAUCCUUUGUGAAAGGGACAAUCCAAAGUAGGGAAACAGGGAAGGUCACUGUCAAGACUGAAGCUGGAGAGACUCUGACUGUGAAGGAAGAUCAGGUCUUCUCCAUGAACCCUCCCAAGUACGAUAAAAUUGAGGACAUGGCCAUGAUGACCCACCUCCAUGAACCCGCUGUGCUGUACAACCUCAAAGAGCGUUAUGCAGCCUGGAUGAUCUACACCUACUCGGGCCUCUUCUGUGUCACUGUCAACCCCUACAAGUGGCUGCCGGUGUACAACCCGGAGGUGGUGUUGGCCUACCGAGGCAAAAAGCGCCAGGAGGCCCCUCCACACAUCUUCUCCAUCUCUGACAACGCCUAUCAGUUCAUGCUGACUGACCGCGAGAAUCAGUCGAUCCUGAUCACCGGAGAAUCCGGUGCAGGAAAGACUGUGAACACGAAACGUGUCAUCCAGUACUUUGCAACAAUUGCAUCCCUGCUUUCAGACAUGCUCCUUAUUACCACCAACCCAUAUGAUUACCAUUAUGUGAGUCAAGGUGAGAUUACUGUUCCCAGCAUUGAUGACCAAGAAGAGCUUAUGGCUACAGAUAGUGCCAUUGACAUCCUGGGCUUCACUGCUGAUGAAAAGACUGCCAUCUACAAGCUGACAGGGGCUGUCAUGCACUAUGGGAAUUUGAAGUUCAAGCAGAAACAGCGAGAGGAGCAGGCAGAGCCAGAUGGCACAGAAGUUGCAGACAAGGCUGCCUACCUGAUGGGUCUGAACUCAGCGGACCUGCUCAAAGCUUUGUGUUACCCUCGAGUCAAAGUUGGGAAUGAGUAUGUGACCAAAGGUCAAACUGUGCAGCAGGUGCACAACUCAGUUGGUGCUCUGGCAAAGGCUGUCUAUGAGAAGAUGUUCUUGUGGAUGGUUCUUCGCAUCAACCAACAGCUGGAUACCAAGCAGCCCAGGCAGUACUUCAUUGGUGUUCUGGACAUCGCUGGCUUUGAGAUCUUUGAUUUCAACAGCUUUGAGCAGCUGUGCAUCAACUUCACCAAUGAGAAACUGCAACAGUUUUUCAACCACCACAUGUUUGUGCUGGAGCAAGAGGAGUACAAGAAGGAAGGCAUUGAAUGGACAUUCAUUGACUUUGGGAUGGACCUGGCUGCCUGCAUUGAGCUCAUUGAGAAGCCCAUGGGCAUCUUCUCCAUCCUGGAAGAGGAGUGCAUGUUCCCCAAGGCAACUGACACCUCUUUCAAGAACAAGCUCUAUGACCAGCAUCUGGGCAAGUCCAGCAACUUCCAGAAGCCCAAGCCUGCCAAAGGCAAGGCUGAGGCCCACUUCUCCCUGGUGCACUAUGCUGGCACAGUGGACUACAAUAUCACUGGCUGGCUUGAGAAGAACAAGGAUCCCUUGAAUGAAACUGUCAUUGGGUUGUACCAGAAGUCAUCUGUGAAGACACUGGCCUUACUGUUUGCCACCUAUGGUGGAGCAGAUGCAGAGGCUGGUGGAGGCAAAAAGGGUGGCAAGAAGAAGGGUUCUUCUUUCCAAACCGUUUCAGCUCUUUUCCGGGAGAACUUAAACAAGCUGAUGACCAAUCUACGGAGCACUCACCCCCAUUUUGUCCGCUGCAUCAUCCCAAAUGAAACAAAAACACCCGGUGCCAUGGAGCAUGAACUGGUGCUGCACCAGCUGCGCUGUAAUGGCGUGCUGGAAGGGAUCAGGAUUUGCAGGAAAGGCUUCCCCAGCAGAGUCCUCUAUGCAGACUUUAAACAGAGAUACAAGGUGCUUAAUGCCAGUGCCAUCCCCGAGGGACAGUUCAUUGAUAGCAAGAAAGCUUCUGAGAAACUCCUUUCAUCUAUUGAUGUGGACCACACCCAGUACAAAUUUGGUCACACCAAGGUGUUCUUCAAAGCUGGGCUGCUGGGACUCCUGGAGGAGAUGAGGGAUGAGAAGCUGGCACAGCUCAUCACUCGCACACAGGCCAGGUGCAGGGGCUUCCUGAUGAGAGUGGAGUACCAGAGAAUGGUGGAGAGGAGAGAGUCCAUCUUCUGCAUCCAGUACAAUGUUCGUGCAUUCAUGAAUGUCAAGCACUGGCCCUGGAUGAAGCUGUUCUUCAAGAUCAAGCCCUUGCUGAAGAGUGCAGAGUCUGAGAAGGAGAUGGCCAACAUGAAGGAAGAGUUUGAGAAGACCAAGGAAGAGCUUGCAAAGUCUGAGGCAAAGAGGAAGGAGCUGGAGGAGAAAAUGGUGUCCCUGCUGCAGGAGAAAAAUGAUCUGCAGCUCCAAGUGCAGGCUGAAGCAGAUAGCUUGGCUGAUGCUGAGGAAAGGUGUGACCAGCUCAUCAAAACCAAAAUCCAGCUGGAAGCCAAAAUUAAGGAGGUGACAGAACGAGCUGAGGAUGAGGAGGAAAUUAAUGCUGAGCUGACAGCCAAGAAGAGGAAACUGGAGGAUGAAUGCUCAGAGCUGAAGAAAGAUAUAGAUGACCUGGAGUUAACAUUGGCCAAGGUUGAGAAGGAGAAGCAUGCCACCGAAAACAAGGUGAAAAACCUCACAGAGGAGAUGGCAGCCCUGGAUGCAAAUCUGGAAAAGAUGUGCCGCACACUGGAAGAUCAGCUGAGUGAGAUUAAGACAAAGGAGGAAGAGCAUCAGCGCAUGAUCAAUGACCUCAAUACUCAAAGAGCUCGACUGCAGACAGAAGCAGGUGAAUAUUCACGGCAGGUGGAAGAAAAAGAUGCUUUGAUAUCUCAGUUAUCAAGAGGCAAACAGGCAUUUACACAACAGAUUGAGGAAUUAAAGAGACAUCUAGAGGAAGAAAUAAAGGCCAAGAAUGCUCUGGCCCACGCCUUGCAGUCUGCCCGCCAUGACUGUGACUUGCUCCGAGAACAAUACGAGGAGGAGCAGGAAGCCAAGGGUGAGCUGCAGCGUGCCCUGUCCAAGGCCAACAGCGAAGUGGCCCAGUGGAGAACCAAAUAUGAGACAGACGCUAUUCAGCGCACAGAGGAGCUGGAAGAGGCCAAGAAGAAGCUGGCGCAGCGCCUGCAGGAGGCCGAGGAACACGUCGAAGCCGUGAAUGCCAAAUGUGCUUCCCUGGAAAAGACAAAGCAGAGGCUGCAGAAUGAGGUGGAGGACCUGAUGAUUGACGUGGAGCGAGCAAAUGCUGCCUGCGCAGCUCUGGACAAGAAACAGAAGAACUUUGACAAGAUCUUGGCGGAGUGGAAGCAGAAGUAUGAGGAAACGCAGGCUGAGCUGGAGGCCUCCCAGAAGGAGUCUCGCUCCCUCAGCACAGAGCUGUUCAAGAUAAAAAAUAUUAGCUAUGAAAAGUCUGUGCAAAUCUAUCUCCAUAGAGUAACCUAUCUCCCACAUGUAAACUUUCUGUAG